GCCAUGCAGAUGAAGUUGUAGGUCAGGUGUGUGUCUAUAAAUCCACACCCCCUUUGCAACGAGUAACAUCCAAAAUACAUUUCUAACAAGAGCGCUGGGCAGCUCAGCUGCCUCCGAGUGACUCUCUAGAAUACACAAUGCUGCAUUCUGCUCUGGCCCUCUGCCUCCUGCUGAUCAUAGUUUCUUCCAACCUUGCCAUUGCUAUCAAAAAAGAAAAGAGACCUCCUCAGACCCUCUCAAGAGGGUGGGGAGACGACAUUACGUGGGUGCAAACUUACGAAGAAGGUCUCUUUCAUGCUCACAAAAGUAACAAGCCAUUGAUGGUUAUUCACCACCUGGAGGACUGUCAGUACUGUCAAGCACUAAAAAAGGAAUUUGCCAAAAAUGAAGAAAUACAAGAAAUGGCACAAAAUGACUUCAUCAUGCUGAAUCUCAUGCAUGAGACCACAGACAAGAACUUGUCUCCUGAUGGGCAGUACGUGCCAAGGAUUAUGUUUGUUGACCCUUCUUUGACUGUCAGGGCUGAUAUAACUGGAAGAUACUCUAACAGACUAUAUACAUAUGAACCCCAGGACUUACCCAUGCUGAUAGACAACAUGAAGAAAGCACUAAGACUUAUCCAGUCAGAGUUGUAAGGAAUGAUGAAAAGACGCUUCUACUCUAAGAGGUCAAAUGUGUGACACACUGGCUCACUAACAAACACCAAAUGUGCAAGUAAUGGAUUUUGAAACAUCACCAUUUAGCUUUGUGACAUGUCUUCGAUAGUUUAUGAAGGUAAAGCUAUAUUUUAAUAAAUGUUAAACUGUGCGGU